CACCAACAAGCCGUUAUUAAGCCUGUUGGAAAGAAACAGGCGGAAAGAAUCUCAAGUGGUCUACUCAAACAUCUGCAUAAUAAGUUUUUAUAUUUUUACUGCAAUCAUUUCUGACAAAGCAGACAUUUUAUUAGAAGAUUCCCCUCUUUGCUGUCUUUAUUUACUCCAGAUAACACAGUCUACAAAAAUAUGUUCUGUAUGUCAAGAUCUGUGAAGAUUGUAAACAGUGGUUCAACAGAAAAUUCAACUGACAAUAAAUUCAUAAGCUCCAGGAAACUUUAUAACUCAAACAAUCUGAAUAACACGUUAUAUGUUAGACCAAUCGCCACAGAACUCGUGGAUAAUGUGUCAUUUACACCUCAUUCAGAUAAUAAAAUGGAAUCACAUUUUUCAUGCCCUCAAAGUCAGGAUUUGCCCACAAUGUCUUCGUCACAUAGUGUCAGUGUCUCUGAUAAAUGCAGUGGAUCCCUGGCAGUUACUAGUUCACCUGAAUUAGUGACCAACUAUUCUUUCCUGAAUCAGAAUCGCAAUCCUCAGUCUAUAUUUUAUACAAAAACAAUGUGUUCAUAUCCAGACGCUCAGAGUCAUGAGCAGUGUAAUUCGACAUGUGCUAAUUCUCUUGGGUCUAAAGUCACAUCAUCGUGUAAUUCAUUUCUAAAUUCAUUGGGAUUUGAUCACCAGUUUGUGAGAAAUAAUACCCAGUCACGUAGAAACUCUACGGCUGUGUCAAACAAAAAUAAAGACAGUUUCUGUGACUUUGAAACAGUAGACAGUGAAGAUAUUGCAGAUAAUGACCGUAUUUCUAAUUAUCAUCAGAAUCAAUCAAAUCCCAAUCUCCUCAGACUUUUAUCCAGUUGUAACCAAUUAAUUGGGGAUUCAUCGACGGAAAAGCCGUAUUCAGUAGCAACACUAUCAUCAUUUUUAUAUUCACCAGAACCUUCAAUUUUAAAUACUAACGCAGCAAUUUCUAAUAAAACUUCAACUCUGCUUACUUCAACCCUCAAAGGCAAUUUUAAUUAUUCUAGUGAAAAUUCUUCUCUUGAUAGGAAGACAAACAGUCAUCAGGCCGAGGAUGAUGAUGACAAUAUUGUUGAAAAGUAUGACAGUGAGAGAGACUUUAAAUAUAAUAAGACCACUCAUUCAGACACAUACUCCUCAUGGAUGCUUAAAAACUACGUACAAGCAAACAAUCCAAUCAGGUUAGAUCAGCCGUGUACUAGCAGUGAUGAAAUUCAUGAAGUACCAUUUUCUUCAAUUGAGAAUUAUUCUUCAGAUGUAUAUAACCCCUCUUUAUCAUUACCAAUGUCUUUCUCACCUUUCUCUCCAUCAGUGAUCCAUGACUGUAGUUCAGUAGAGGGAAACAGUCAAAAAAAUACAAGUGCUCCUGAUGGCAAUGAAAUUACUGGUAUGUUAAAAUAUGAUGAAAAACAUCCAAAUCCAUUAAUUUGUCCACCUUCCUCCUCAUCUUCGUCCUAUUGUUCCUCUUCUUCUUCGACGUCAUCAUCAUAUUCUGACCAUAACCACCAAAACUAUUUCGUGCAAUCGGAUAUUCCUCCAUAUCUAACAUCACAUCUUCAGGCAGUAGAGUGGAGUUCUAAGCUUCAGUACAAUCCUCAUGAUAACAGGUGUCUGCACCACGAAGACAGACAUCAGGAACAACAAAAACAACAAAUAUUUCUGCAUUAUCCAAAUCCGACGGAAACUGUUAAGUGGAUGCCUAGACACCUAAUAACGAUGAGUACACAGGAACAGCAGCAAAUCACAGACUAUAUUCCAUUGGAUGAACCACACUCAGUGAUAAGCAAACUUCACAUGGAUUAUAAUUCACAAAUUAGCAUCGACAAACAACCUUCAUUAAAUGAAAGUCCUCAAUGCGUACAAUGUGGAUCAUUCAAUACACAGAACCAGCAAUGGGUUUUUGAUGGAAUGACUGAGCUUUAUCUGUGCAACAAUUGCAAUCAACAAAUUCAUAACAACAGUAACACUCAAUCUACAAGAAGAAUGCAUGAACAGUCUGAUGAUUCAAUUCCAUUCUUAGAUCCAUUAUUCAAUCGUGAGGCGUUGAACAGACAACGGUCUGAUACUGACCGUGAUAAUGCUUAUUUAUCUACUCUAAUUUGGAAUGAUGUAAAGCCAUAUUCAAAGGAUCCUGCACUCAUUUUCAGUACUACUAACAAUUCAAACGAUAUAGGUAAACGCUUGGAGUCCCAGCUAUCACAAGAGAUUUCAAACUAUCCUCCAUGGUCUCAGUAUACAGCAAAUAUUAUGAAGGAUAUAAAAGUGACUGAUGAAAGGGUUAAUCCAAUACUAAGUGAAGGAAAAAUUCCUGAAUCGUCAAACUCAUUAAGUGUCACAAAUUCUGCGCGUCGCUCGGGACAGUUUUGUACCAACUGUAAUACUUCGGCAACGACACUUUGGAGACGGAAUACAGAAGGAGAGCCAGUUUGCAAUGCCUGUGGACUUUAUUUUAAAUUACACAAGAUCAAUCGACCUAUAUCUAUGAAGAAAGAAGGGAUUCAAACUCGCAAGAGAAAACCACGAGUGAAUACACUUAAAUCCAAUCAGUUGUACGUUGUGAACUCCUCACGCAGUUCUAAUAAAUCUGUGAACAGGAUUACUACACGCAUAAACAACGCCAAAGAGAUUACGAAUAGUUCUCCUCAUCAUAUCCAGCAACAGCAUUUGUCUUACCAACGAACAGAAAUUGGAAGUCGUCCUCCAAUCCCACCUAAAUUAGCUAAUUUAGCAAACUCAGAUUAUAAUGAACAAGAUAUCAAAAGACAAAAUUUAAGUGAAGGUAAUUCAGAAGCACUGGAUUCAUUGUUUUAUUCCCAUUUAUUCAAUGAAAUUCAUUCAACACGUCCAGUAUCUCACACCACUCAAUUUCCUUCUACUUCCGUGCCUGUUACCUCCUACUGUCACCGAGUGAAUUCAAAUGAACUCAACGCUCCAUUUUAUGGUGAUUAUUAUGGCAAAUGUAGUGACAAUUUUGAGGAUGGAGCAAGAAUAAUAAACCGAUUACCAAUGUUUGAUAGAACUGUGGGACAUAAUUCAGCGAAUUCAUUUUUAAACUGGUCAAAUAUGUCUAGAAGAACAGAUGGUGUUACUGACAGAAUAUCAACCAACAACACUGAAUUGGAGGGUAGUCGAAAUCCUAUAGCCAUCGGUGGAAAUUUUAUUAAUAAUAAUCAUAAUAAUAACGAUGGCUCAGAUAUUCCAUUUAACUUUUCAAAUGCAGUUGUAGACUUCAUAAAUUUUAGCUACCAAGGAACAAAUCAACGAUAUCAAACGGGAAAUUUAAUCCAUUCAACUUUUAAACAGAACAUAACAGAAAAUGAUAAUUCCACGAGUAGUGGAAAGUUGGAAACGUACCAUACUUCAAGAUCCAAUGGUUUUUAUGAACCAACCCCAUAAUCAUCAGAAAAGUUGGAUAAUAUAAUAAACACUGACUAAACAUAAGAAUAACACAAACAUUGAAACCUAUUAUUAAGAUAUCCAUGUAAACAGUGUAUCAGUAAUCAUCCAGCUUGUUUAGUACAAACAAAUCAGAAGAAUGCACAUCCUAUUUUUUUUUCAUUUCGGCUGGUUACUGAAUAAGUUCAUUCACUUUUGAAAGAAGAAUCAAACUUUCUCAACAGGAUUACAAGUAUAGCAACCCGAUUUUCCACAUUGAAUAGAUACAGUUUCAGUCAUGUGAUUUUCAAGUCCCAGUGUACUACUACUUACUUAUUCAUGAAUACUGAGACAAGAUAGAGUUUACUGAUUCUGCUGAGAGGCUAUGCUCGUGGCAGAAGAAUACAGAAAAUAUUAUCACCCCUUUAUUUAUGAAGACCAUAAAUGAAUAAUAACUUUUUUUAAAGAAUUUUUUUACUGUCAAUGUUCAUUUGGUUUUGGGCAUCAUUUUGAUUAUUUAUAUCUAUUUUAAUGCUUUAAUUGAGCUGUUUUUUUCUUUGUUUAGGAUGGUCAAAAUAAACAUCACUCAGAACUUUGUUUGUCAAUCAUAGUAAAAUCUUUUUUUGUAGAAGUCUAACUCUCAUCUUUAUCAACUAUUUACACGUGUAAAGGAGUUACCAACUGCAGAAUAUAGCACUGUUUUCCUUCGGUGUUCACAUUUUUACAAAUUAUUAAGUGUGAACGUAUCUUGGACAUCUACAAGUCUAACCCUGAAGUAUGUAAUGUGGAGUGCAAUAGUUGAUUUUUGAUCAGCGUGUUGCUGACUUGUACUCUAGGCUCUGUAUCAGUAUCACUCCAGAAACACAAACGUUAUUUUUACAUUCGAAAUCAGU